UGGUUCGCUGUGUCCCUCGGACACAGUGAAUCACCAAUCAACAGAAAGAGCCAAAGAUGUCAGCUCGGUCAUGUGAUCAGUCUUGUCCAAUCACAGCUGAUCGCAUGGGACAUGUACACUGGUCAUCAGGGCACUGAUGAUCAGUGUAGCCCCAGCAGUGCCACCUGUCAGUGUCCAUUAAUGCCAGCUAUCAGUGCUCAUCAAUGCCCCCUGCCAGUGCCCAUCAGUGCCACAUCAAUGUCACAUAUUAGUGCCUACCGGUGCACAUCAAUGCCACAUAUCAGUGCCCAUCUGAGCUGCCUUUCAGUGUCACCUAUCAGUGCCACCUAUCAAUGCCCGUCAGUGCCGCCUAUCAGUGCCCAUCAGUGCUGUCUAUAAGUGCAGCCUAACAGUGCCAGUCAGUGCCACCUAACAGUGCCAGUCAGUGCUGCCUAUCAGUUCCAGUCAGUGCAGCCUAUCAGUGCCACCUAUCAGUG